AUGACGCUCAUCGGGCAUUAUCGGAAAACACUUGGCAUCAUCCGCAUCUUUUUCGUUUUCAAAAGAGCUCAAAACAACAUAAAUUCUUUACGAGGUUCCAAAAAACUGCAACUGCUUGCGGAUCAGGUCACCCAAAGGAAUAGUUCAACUCCGAGUGGUGGUGCGCCGGAAACAGGUUACGCAAAUAACGGCUAUGUAGUUGGCGAUUCUUAUUCAUACGACAAUGCAGAGAGUGUUGACGGUGAAUGCGAAACAAUUCCCCUGGAACAAGUGAUACUGUCGGUGAAUCGUGUCGCCAAGCAUCUAGAGAAGAGAGAAGGACGUGAGGAGGAAUCGAAGUUGUUGCGCGAUUUUUUUAUGCAA